AGCGGGACGCAGCCUUUGUAUCGCAGGGUCCCUGCUCCCGCGGGCUGGGCGGGCAGGCUGACGGGAUCUCUGCCUGCCUGGGGCACACUGCCCAACUUAGAGGACACCUCACCCACCCACCCUUCCUUGCCCUGCACCCCAAUAGGAGGAUUCAUUCUCCCUGGAACUGUGCCCACUUUGGGGGGACUGCUUUCGGGCAGGUGAGUGGAGAGGGCACAGAGGUUAGCAAAGUCAGUGGCAGACAAAAGCUGGGAUUACCUGAGGGGAAUAGGGGUGCUGGGGAUUGGAACCACAUUAACAUCUGGUGGGGGUCCUCAAAUGUGCCACGGCCAGUCACUUGAUUACACGUAUGUUAUUUAGUUAAAUUUGUGAAAAUUAUGAGAUGCUCACGAACCCGGUGAUAAACUCGCUCCCUCGCCAUUGGCUGGCCUGGUCACAUGGCCGCCCAACUUUAUUCAGUUGACAGCAAGUAGGAGGGCCCUAUGGUAGGAGAAAAAAAGACAACACGAGAAAAAUUAGUAUUUUCUACCUUCUGAAAUUAAUGGCCAUGAGUUCCUAUAUGGUGAACUCCAAGUAUGUGGACCCCAAGUUCCCUCCGUGCGAGGAAUAUCUGCAGGGCGGCUACCUAGGCGAGCAGGGCGCCGACUACUACAGCGGCGGCGCGCAGGGCUCUGACUUCCAGCCCCCAGGGCUCUACCCGCGGCCCGACUUCGGUGAGCAGCCUUUCGGAGGCGGCGGCCCCGGGCCCGGCUCGGCGCUGCCCGCGCGGGGUCAAAGACAAGAGCCAAGCGGCCCCGGCGGUCACUACGGCGCCCCUGGAGAGCCGUGCCCGGCGCCCCCGGCGCCCCCGCCCGGGCCCCUGCUUGGCGCGCGGGCCUGCAGCCAGCCGGGCGGCCCCAAGCAGCCUCCCCCCGGGACAGCACUCAAGCAGCCGGCCGUGGUCUACCCCUGGAUGAAAAAGGUGCACGUGAAUUCGGUGAACCCCAACUACACCGGCGGGGAGCCCAAGCGGUCCCGGACGGCCUACACCAGGCAGCAAGUCCUAGAACUGGAAAAGGAAUUCCAUUUUAACAGGUAUCUGACGCGGCGCCGUCGGAUUGAAAUCGCUCACACCCUGUGUCUGUCCGAACGGCAGAUCAAGAUCUGGUUCCAGAACCGGAGGAUGAAGUGGAAAAAAGAUCACAAGCUGCCCAACACCAAAGGCAGGUCAUCGUCCUCAUCUUCCUCCUCCUCCUGCUCCUCUUCAGCCACCCCCGGCCAGCAUUUGCAGCCGAUGGCCAAGGACCACCACACAGACCUGACGACUUUAUAGAAGUGGGGACCCUGGGCCCAUCCCUCCCUGCGCUACAGGCUGAGCCGAAGCUGCGGGGGCAGGCCGGGCCUGCUGUCACCUU